AUGGCGACGACUACGGAAUUCCUGGCCGAAAACAAUGUUUGCGGGCAAACGAUUCUGCAAAUUGUUGCCGAAGGCAACACCAUCAUUUGUGAGUUGCUGCGCUUGAAGGACUACGUGCCGGAAGUAUUUCACUUAAAAACGAAAGACGAGCAGCAACGGUACGGUGACAUCGUGAAGGACUUUAGCUACUUCCAAGUGGCCGAUUCACAGGAGGCAAAAAUAGAGGCGGACGCCAAACUUCGAGCCAUCGACGAGGAGCUGCGCGAAGGUUGUAUCGUCACGUUAAACCGAUUCUACGUCGUGUUCGAAAGCAUACACAAGUACGUGAAGGACCUCAACACGUUCCUUAGUGAGCUGAAUGGACAGCUUUUUAUACAGCAAUCGAUGGAGAAGGUGUUCCAAGACGAGGAGGGCAAGCAGCUUAUGUGCGAAGCCCUGUACCUAUACGGCAUGAUGCUGCUAAUCGUCGAUCUUCACAUUCCGGGGCUUGUCCGGGAACGUCUGCUCGUAGCUUACAAUCGCUACAGCGCCUUGAAAACCCACAGCGACAGCAGUAUUGACGAAGUGUGCAAACUGUUACGGUCCACCGGUUUCAAUGACGAUGGCACGGCAGGGCGCAAAAUUGCCAACUACCCGGAGGAUUUCUUUGCGCGCGUCCCGAUCAACACUCAAUACAUCGAGAUGGUGAUCGGUCGACUGCGUUCCGACGACGUGUACAACCAAAUCGCCGUUUAUCCCUUGCCGGAACAACGCUCGACAGCGCUCGCCAACCAGGCCGGCAUGCUCUACGUGUGUCUGUUCUUCUCACCCAGCACGCUCCACAUGCAACCGGCGCGGAUGCGUGAGAUUGUUGACAAAUUUUUCUCCGACAACUGGAUCGUCUCCCUGUACAUGGGCAUCACGGUGAAUCUGAUCAAUGCCUGGGAACCAUUCAAAGCGGCCAAAACGGCUCUCACCAACACACUGGACGUGGCUAACCUACGCGACAUCAGCCAACGGCAGAAACAAUCGGUGGAGGUGCUGCUAGGCCGCACGCGUAACAUUCUGCGCGAAGGGAAUCUGACCGAGCAAAAGUUGCUCGAUCACAUGCCGAAAGUUUUGGGACUGGUGCGCGAGUGUAACAUUACCGUACGCUGGGUAAUGCUGCACACGAGCACGGCCACGUUCGAUGCUUCGUCCUCCAAACGCCCUCGUCAGGUGCGCGAGCUGAUCGAGUCCGAACUCGAAUUUAAGAAUGGCGUAACACUGUUCGAACUGCUCCUGAAUACGAGUCAGCUUGAACUGACGGUGCGUGAGGCUCUGAAGCGACUGCUGGCGGAAAAGGAGGUGCGAUGGGAAAACUUUCGGCGCGAAGCGACCGAUCGGAUGGCGGACCUGGCCGAUGCCUUUUCCGGUGUACGACCAUUCGUGAAGACGCGCAAAAAUGCGAGCUUGGCACGCUGCUUCGCCAAUAUGCGCAAAGAAAUCGAAGCAUUGGGACGCGAUGGCCAGCACAUCAACCAGACGGGGCGCACGAUCAUACAGCUGCUGCAGGCUCUGGAGGAAGUCCAGGAGCUACACGAUCUCGCGCGCAACAUGCAAGUGAAGCAACACAUUGUCGAAACGCGUCAGCUGCUGCACGAACUGUUCCACACGAUCGGCAUCAAGGAGAACGAUCUGAUCAAUCUGCAACUGAUCGGUGACUUUAGCUACGCCUGGCGUCUCAUCGACCGUUACACACCGCUGAUGCAGGAGAAUAUCCGUCGCCAGCCGCGGCUCGUGAUCAAACUGCGAUCCACGUUCCUGAAGCUCGCUUCCGCACUCGAGAUUCCGCUUUUACGCCUCAACCAGGCGGAAUCGGCAAACCUUCUGGACGUAUCGCAGCACUACAGCAACGAGUUGGCCAACUUUGUGCGCACCGUCGUACAGAUCAUCCCGGAAACGAUGUUUACCCUGCUGGCGCAGAUCAUCGAGCUGCAGACGAACGUAUUGCGCGAGCUUCCGGCCCGGCUCGAGCGAGAGCGCAUGAAAGAAUAUGCCCAGUUCGAGGAGCGUUUCCGGGUUGCCGAGCUCACGUACACACUGUCCACCUUUACCGAAGGCAUACUGGCCAUGGAAACGACACUGGUCGGAGUAGUGCAGCUCGACUCGAAAGCACUGCUCGUCGAAGGCAUCCGCCGGAAGCUGGUGCAGAGCGUGUCGGAAGCGUUUCACCAGCACAUCGUGUUCAGUGGGAAGCAAAAAGAUGCCCAGGAAUUGACAGGGCGGCUAGAUGCCCUACACAAACUGAUGCACGGCUACCGGCGCUCGUUCGCGUACGUUCAGGAGUAUCUCAACAUUCACUGCAUGCGCAUCUGGCACGAGGAAGUGCAACGUAUCGUGCGCUUUAACGUGGCUCACGAGUGCGCAGCGUUGCGGAAAAACAGGCCAAAAGAAUGGAGUGGCCAACCGGAAGAUGGCAGUCUGGUGCGUAUUCCGGUCUACAACCCGCUCGACAUGAGCUCGGUUAACUGUAUGGGGCGACUGGCGCGCGAAGUACUACGAAUCACCGAUCCAAAGGUCACUCUUUACAUCGACAUCUGCUCGAGCUGGUACGAUACCAAGGUACCGCACCGGUUGCUGCUGACGAACAAAUUUGCUUCCAAAAUCAACGACACCUUCGGUCCGGCCGGAUUGCUGGGGUUGGAUGAAGUGUACGGAGCCAUGAUACGGGCCGAGCUCGAAACACUGCUCACAACCGUACAGCAAAAAGUUGGUCACGAGCACAACUGGAGUGACACUCUGGCGAACAUCAAAAGCGAACUGGAACGGGCGGACGUCGUGGAAAAUCCUGCCAAGGCGUACGCCGCUUUCGGAUCGAGCGUGGCACGGCUUCUGACAGCAAUCAACAUUUGCGACGCGGUGCAAAAGACGGGCCAAAAGCAAACGUUGCGUGCCCACAUUGCGCUCGAGCUGAACUGUAGCUGCAAAAUCAAAGCGACCAAACUAGAAGCCUCGCUGAGGGCGCUAAAUAAGGCCAUUGUUUUGGACUUUAAGCGGCAUCAAAUGGACGAAAGCCACCCGGUACCACCAGCAGAACUAGCUGCCGAACUGAACACCUACCUACGGUACGCCGGGUUGUAUGAUCCGUACCGGAAGGUUUAUUUGGCUCCAUCGGACCGUUCGGCUUCUGGGCGCUUCGUUCCGUUGCUGCUAUUUCUCUUCGUCGUAUCAACGCUGGCCAAGUGGCAGUACCUGGAAAGUGUGGACAGUCUUGUGACACGGCGCAAAAACGACACGCUCGACGGUCACCCGACGGUGGUCGGUGUUCUGACCGUACUCCGGCAGAUGGGGGCGGCCGAGAUGGACCUUUUCCUGCAGUAUCUGUGCCAGUACGUGCUGUCCUUCGUCCAUGCCAAUCUCGAAGCCAAGCAGCUGGUCGGAACGGAGGCCCUGUUUGGGUUACGCUUCCUGGAGAUCUUCAGCAGGAUCGCCGAAAUUCCGCGAAGCUAUCUCGAGCAAUACCUACCGGAAGUCGUAUUGGAUCAGUACAUUCCGCAGGCGGACGGUAAAUGACGGCGGUCACGCUUCUUCCAAUUUUUCCAAUAAAAUCACACAUCGAUUAUUGUACCUGCACUGGGGGCCAAUUGUGCCGUGUAUA